CGUCUCCUUGGAUUUGAUCGUCCUUUCCUUUCGCAUAAGAUACUCCAGCACUCAACUACCCAUCGACAAAAUUUUGUCUUUGCUUGAAGUUUGGAUCCAACAAUCGGAGGAAAAAUGCUAGCAGUUUUUGACAAAUCAGUUGCCAAAAGCCCGGAGGCCCUUAAUGCUCCUGAUCACUCUCAGGCCGUAUCCGCACUCAAAGAUGGGUUCUUGGCAAAGCACUUUGGCUCUGUGCACCCUGGCUCUGUUACUGUGAACCUUGGCUCAUCUGGGGUUUUGGCCUACUCUCUUAACAAGCAGAACCCACUUCUCCCUAGGCUGUUUGCAGUUGUGGAUGAUAUUUUCUGUUUGUUUCAAGGCCACAUCGAGAAUGUUGCUGUUCUUAAGCAACAAUAUGGCUUAAGCAAAACUGCAAAUGAGGUGAUCAUUAUUAUUGAGGCCUACAGAUCCCUAAGAGACAGAGGUCCUUAUCCUGCCGACCAGGUUGUAAGAGAUAUUGAGGGGAAAUUUGCAUUUAUUCUCUAUGACAGUAAUUCACAAGUCGCAUUUAUAGCUGCUGAUGCUGAUGGAAAUGUUCCUUUCUUUUGGGGAACUGAUGCUGAAGGACAUCUUGUUUUUUCAGAUGAAGUAGAUGUUGUGAAGAAGGGAUGUGGGAAGUCCUUUGCUCCCUUCCCAAAAGGAUGCUUCUUCACAUCAUCUGGAGGUUUGAGGAACUUCGAGCAUCCACUCAAUGAAUUGAAGCCAGUGCCAAGGGUGGACAGUUCAGGACAAGUGUGUGGUGCUGAUUUCAGUGUGGAUGUAGAUGCAAAGAAGGAAUCAUCUGGAAUGAAAAAGGUUGGGAGUGCUGCUAACUGGUCCAGUCAUUACUGAGUUCAUAAAUGGAAUGGUAACUGUUAUUACCAAGCCUUCCUGUCUUCCUCCACCCUUUUCUGUUGUUUUGAAUCCAUAACCUCUUAUCCCCCUUGACUUAGCUGCACCAUGGGGUAUUGAACUUUAUAUUGUCAUCAGUGUUUUUCCUAAGAUAGCAUUUGAUGCAGCCAUACAUCUUUCGUACUACUAAAACUUAGCCAGGCAUGGCAUAUAACAUGGAAUAACAUCAUCUUUCAGGAACGUUGAUGAUAUUAGUUUUUAUUCCCUGCUUUUUUAACUGUGGACGCACAGGAUGUAACCAUUAGAACUUUAGUUCUGAUGGAACAUUAAAUUGCCACUUAUAAAAGAACGUUGAUGAUAUUAGUUUUUAUUCCCUGCUUUUUUUACUGUGGAUGCACGGGAUGUAACCAUUAGAACUUUAGUUAUGAUGGAAUAUUAAAUUGCUACUUAUAGA